CCGACAUACUCUUGAGCAACCCAAAUUCCGGUCAACUACCUACCGGGUUAGGAGCACACCAAUCGUGCACCGGUCUAAAGUAAAUUCGUUCAUAUAACUCACCCAGUGAGCCCAUCGGAUCAUACCCACGAAGACGUCCGAUUUACCCAACCCCGCGGCAUUACAAACCCCAACUCAACCUCGUCCUCCAGCAACACAUCUCUGCGGCUGGUCCUACAACCACCCAACCCGACCACCAAAAAAAUAAAAACCAACCCACCGCCACCAUGUCCACCACCACCGCCCCCACCGCCCCAACCGACCCCCCCUCCACAGCGCCCGCCUUCAUCCCCCUCGAAGCCAACCCCGACCUCAUGACCUCCCUCCUGCACACCCUCGGCCUCUCCCCCGCGCUCGCCAUCCACGACGUCUACUCGCUAACCGACCCCUCCCUCCUCGCCUUCAUCCCCCGCCCCGCCCUGGCCCUGCUCCUCGUCUUCCCCGUCUCCGCCGCCUACGAGUCCCACCGCCUCGCCGAGGACGCCCUGCGCGAGGAAUAUGCCGGCUCGGGACCGCAGGAGCCGGUGGUCUGGUUCCGGCAGACGAUUCGCAAUGCGUGUGGUUUGGUCGGGUUGUUGCACGCGGCGGCGAACGGGGCGGCGCGCGGGUUCGUGCGGGAGGGGAGUGAGUUGGGCAGGUUGCUGGGGGACGCGGUGCCGUUGGCGCCCGGGGAGAGGGCGCGGUUGUUGGAGCGGGACGAGGCGCUUGCGAGGGCGCAUCGCGGGGUGGCGGAGAAGGGGGAUACGACGGCGCCGGAUGCGAGGGAUGAUGUGGAUUUGCAUUAUGUGUGUUUUGUGAGGGGGGAGGAUGGCGGGUUGUGGGAGCUGGAUGGGCGGCGGAAGGGGCCGUUGAGGAGGGGGGAUCUGGAGGGGGAUGAGGAUGUGUUGAGCGAGAAGGCGUUGGCGUUGGGGCCGCUGAAGUUUUUGGAGAGGGAGGCGGCGGAUCUGAGGUUUAGCUGCGUUGCGCUGGCGGGGAGUCUGGAUUAGGUUAGGUGGUGGUAUGGUAGUAAGGGGGGGUGUGAGAGCCCUGAUGGAGACUGGUGGUAUGCGUUGUAUUAGAACGAGGCCGUGGUUGCUUAAUCGCCGUGCUAGAUAGAUGGGGUUUCGCCGACGUCCCGAGUUCAGAACUUGGCAGAGAAAUCGGUUCUCAAACAACGAAGAGAAGUGUAUUGCGUAUUAAU